CUUAGGCAGCACCUCGCAACAUGAACAUAAGCAUAAAUCCAUUCAGACGACAAGCGGACGUAGGCUGGCGACCAGUAGGCCUAGCCUCAGCGUUCCCCGACCUCAGUCUAGACAAAGACGCCUAUCGAAUAGCGCCCCGAUGCAAAGCCUUCCACAUCCCCCAGAAAGACGACCCCUCGAGGCCCGAAGCGCCCGUAGAGGCAGAUCUCGACAGCCACGCGGACCUAAAAGACCAAGUCCUCGUAUUCAAAUACAAGGGGAAAUUCCACGCCAUUGACCAUCAAUGCCCGCACUCGUCGUUCCCGCUGUCGCAGGGGAAUCUCUUUGAUAUUGAGGAUUUCGGUAUCACGCUUAGUGCGGGGAUUACUUGUCCUAAGCAUGGAUGGGCUUUUGAUAUCCAUUCUGGGGUGGCUGAUCGUGGGAACUACAAGCUUAAGGUUUGGGAGGUUCAGCUGCGAGAUGCAAAGAAUUCGACGGGUGAGAAGUCUGAAAGUCCCGAGCAGGAGGUCUGGGUACGGCGAAAGCAGCGGAUUGGUUGAGUCUUCGGUUUACCGACUGCGAUGCGAAUUCGAUAACCUCGGCUGGGUGGGAUGGGUGCGAGGUCGUCCUUGAUGUGAAUCCGCCCUCGUGAUGUCAGUCGAGGCUGUGAGGAUGUCGUCCCUGCGAACUGCAUGCAACCACAGUGCCUGCAGGGCCCUCUUGCGCCCGCCUAUGCAUAUAUCAGACAUCAAAGGCGCCAGGUAUAGAGCCAUCGGCGCCAUGUCGGUCGGGCGCCAACCUGCACAGAAUGGCAGAUUGGCAUUGGUGCGCACUGAAAG